UCUGCAAUGGACAAAGUUCCCACUGACUUUGGUAAUAUUUAACAGGACAGUUUUGGGUGACAUGACUGAGCCCCAGGCACAAGGACUAAGCAGCACUGUUGACAAAUUUCCCCAGUUAUGUGACAUCGAUCCACACUGAUACCACACUGAGGGCCAUCCAGCGUUGAACAAUGGUGGUUCAACUGUUGGUGCUCCUACUUUCACUCAGGAUACAGGCAUUAGGAGCUCAGUUGAAGCUGUCACCUGACACACUAACUGUCCUGCGAGGGGGGGAGGCCCAGUUUACCUGUAGCACCUCACACACCCAGUGGACCGUGAUGGUGUGGCUGCUGAAUGGCACAGCGGCACUCACCAUCUCUAAGGUGCACGGAGUCCUGCAGUCCACCAACGGUAAUGUGACAGCCAAGCCCGGCUCCGCCUCAAAGGGAGACAGCUGGGUGUUUGUCCUGAAGAGCACGGAGAGGACCGACGAGGGACCAGUGACCUGUGAUCUUCAGGGAAUUGAAAGGACAUCAGCGACUCUAGUUGUACAAGAAAAAGGCACUGUCAAAGUCUCCGGGGACAACAAGUUGGCUUUCAAGGGGCAGUCGGUGCUAUUUGAAUGCCAAGCAGAAGGAUGGCACCCUGAACCCCGUCUGCAGUGGCAGGUGAAUAACAAAACGGUGAGCCAGCGUGAAUACAACAUCAGCAGUGAAGAGUCGGGGAAGAGCCUCUUCACUGUGAGCAGCAACCUCAGUGUGACGGCAGCAAAGAGCUCUCAUGUGGACUGUCUGGCCUCCGUGUCUGCUCUCCCCAAACCACUGAAGAGCGGCGUCCGUCUGACAGUGGUUGCAGAGGUGGUACAGGAGGAACACGACUGCACAGUCCCGCUGGCGGUAACCGGCGCCGUCUCUGCUGUGCUGCUCCUCCUGCUCUGCAUCUCCAUUAUCCUCUGCUACAGACAAAAGAGACGAGCAAAUCCAAGCCCACAGGAGACCACAUGGCUCGACCAAUCAGUGUUUGGGAGAGACUUGGUUGCUGAGGCGACGAGGGGGAAGGUCAACCUGGGAUAUUCUAGUGAUGGCCCCACAGACGCAGAUUACAACGAGCUUAUCAUGGAAAUUCGUAGAAAGAUGGACUUUGCCAGCUUUCGUAGGCAGGCCCCUGAUGUUGUGCACUCCAGCAGCCAGUCUCUGCACACUGAGGGCCAGGUCCAGGGCCAGGUCCAGGUGUGUGUGCCAGAGGAAAACACAGAGGAAAACGCCAAGAACGUCAGGAGAAUUACCACAGUUUGAAUUAUGUUUAUUUUGAUGCAGUAAAUGCAGUGUUAAUAAAAACAGUAUAUCAUUUAGAUGUAUGAUAUUCACAAAUGAAAAUGUGUAUAGUAUAACUGGAUUUUUUUUGUAAAGCUAGAGAGUAAUGUAAUGUGGUUGAACUGCAUGACUGGCAUUUUUUUUUUUUAAACUAUGUAACUAUGGUUUUCUUUUUAUAUGGAUGCUGAGAAUAUAUAUUACAGAGUUUUGAGCAAAACUUUUGGGAUUUUUUUUGUCUUUUUGGCAUUCGAUUAUUUUAUAAAUUAUACCAAUUACAACACAUGGAUACUUGAAAAUUCUAAGUUCAAAAUAAAAGUUGAUUGCAGAGGAUUACAAAUAGGGCUAUAUUAAGUACACCCUUCUGUAACAGUUGAUUCAGUGCCAAACACUCUCUCAGGGAGUGAAAUUUCGGUUGACGUGAUUGUGAUAUACCAACACAAAAGAUGGACUCGUUAUUAUCCGAAAAUAGACCUAGAAUGUCUGUAAUUACCCAGUCUCAGCUCACACUGAGAGAGACACCAGGUUUAGCCUGGACAGGAAAACCCUAACCCUUCUCAUUCAUGCUCACAUUCACACCUACAACAAUAUACAGAGUCAUCAAUAAACCUACAUUUUAUUGUCUGCAUGUCUUUGAACUUCAUAGGAAGAUGGACCACCUAUGCACUCACAACAAAACAUGCAUUAUGUUGACCUUCUUACUGUGAGGGAACAGUGCUGCUGAUCACCACACCACUUGGUGGUCCACCUUUGGUUCAAUUAGUUGAAAACCUGAAAAUUCAGCUGUAUAGAAAAACGUGGUGGACUUUUAAGGACUCUAAAUGGGAUGUUUCAGAUGACUGGCACUAAUAGGGUCACCAGGGUUGAUUAAUUUCAGUAUUUUUUUGAGAAAGGAUUUUCAUUGUCCAUGUAGCUCUACCUUUUUCCCACAGUCCCUCACAUACUGAAAGUAAAAAAUAUGUCCAUCAUUUGCUCAAUGGGAGUAUUUCUUCUCCAACAAUAUCUCAUCAGACUGCAGUACUAUAGUCCAUUCCUUGGUCUAAUACCAUUUCCAGUGAAGCUACAAUCCAUUAUAUGCCUACUUUUUUUUUCCCCAUUUCAUAUGUUGUGGCGUCCACAA